AUGGGGAGGAAAACCACAGAGAUUGAAAAGGAGGACGGGCUUCAAACACAACCCACGUGCUCUGAGGAGGAAAAACCCACCCUGUGCCAGGAAGGUGGACAGAGCUUUAGGCAGAGCUCAGAGUUGGUGGUCCAGGAGCAGCUUCAUGAUGGGGAGAAGCCCCACAAGUGCUUGGAGUGUGGGAAGAGCUUCAGGCAGAGCAGCACCCUGAUCAGCCAUCAGUGGAUCCACACUGGGGAAGGGCCCUACGAGUGUGGGGAAUGUGGGAAAGGGUUCAGCUGCAGCUCGGCCCUCAUCAUCCACCUGCACAUCCACAAUGGGGAGAGGCCCUACGAGUGUCCUGAGUGUGGGAAGAGGUUUCAGACCCGGACCAGCUCACACCUCCUCCAGCACCAGCGGAUUCACACCAAGGAGAGGCCCUCCUUCUGCCCUGACUGCGGGAAGGGCUUCAAGCAAAACUCCUACCUCGUCACCCACAGCCGCAUCCACACUGGCGAGAGGCGCUACGAGUGUCCCCAGUGUG